UAAUAAGUUUGCAUAGUUCUGCGGUGGAGUUGCGACGCAAUUCAGUGCGGUAGAUUCGCCAAAAAGUGAUUGUGAAAUAAUAUUGUGAAAUUAGAUCCUUGCAAGACGAGUUGUUUACGCAAAUUGACAGAUAUCGGAACUCUCUUUGAAAGGCAACCAAGCAAGUUCUCAAGGCACUGAUAAUUAUUUCGAUACUAAGAAAACAGAAGCGAUCGACAUCGACGGCACAAUUAAGACCAGAGCUGCUGAGCACGUGAAGCCAACUGAAAUAUCUUUGAAUCGACAUCGAUCCACAAUCAAAAGGGGUAGCUGACGAGCUGGCACAUGAAGAGGGAUAUAAAGCUGGAGAAAGAAAUCAAAUUGAAAUGCACAUCUUUAACUGCAGCUACAACUGAACUCAACUGAACUGAACUGUUGGUUAUAUUCUGCAAACUAUAUUGGGACUAUACAUCAUGUAUGCCUGUGAGGCUGAACUCUUUGCGGCGAUCGAGAAAAUGGAAGCGCGAUGGGACGCUCGGGAAAAAGAAACACGUGAAAAGGAGCAGAAGGCAGCCGCCGAGUUGAAUCCAGAUGCUAAACCGAAGCCACCUUCGGAACGCGAACUCUACGAUAUGGAGAUAGAGAAAAUUUGUAAAAAUUUUCAAAAGCUGCUACCUAAACUGAUGCCUGACCAUUGCGAUUGUAGUCCAGAGUUUCAAGAGAUAUUAAAGAAGGACGGGUACAUGUGCUGUGCAGCAGCAGCAAAGGCAGCGGGCCUCGACGUUGGCGUCCCCGAUCCCCCCAAACCCGACUCGGAAAGUCCCAAAGUUUCUCCUCCACAUGGGCUGGAUGACUUAUUCCACGAAAGCAUGUAUAAAUAUCAUUUGCCGGAGCCUCCAAGGAAGCGUAAGAGCAAUGAGUCGAUUACCGAAGAGGAGGCAACUACAAUCAAGUCAACUGGUGCUGUGCCCAAAACAACAAUCAAUCGAAGUGAGUUACCUGUCAAGCGGAUCAACAAACAGGACGGCUGUUCAUCGGAGCCUUUGAAAAAGAAAGUGAAGAAAGAACACUCGGAGGGGAAAAUUGUUCUCGAAAUUGAUCUCGACUGUGAAUUUAGCAUGGAGAACAUUCAAAAGUUUCGCUCGAAUACCGUGCGUGAGGAUCCGUUCCCCUCAGGCAUUUGCUUGACCAAUCAAAUAAUGCUCACGAAGCAAUUUCACAUUCCUAAGCCGCUGCCGAUGGUUGCCAAUGCAUUGGACAUUAAGAAAAUCGAACCGAUGACUACGCUCAAGAUCGAUGACAAUGUUGAUCCUCAAGACGAGCAGCUGCCGGACUAUUCGCAGUGUAAGACACCUCCCUGCACUCCCGCUAAGUUGCAGCCAGAGGAAGGCGAACCCCAAGACGAGGAGUCACCCGGCUAUCCGGAGUGUGAGACACGUCCCUGCACUCCCUUUGAGUUGCAGCCAGAGGAAGGCGAUCCUCAAGACGAGGAGUCACCCGGCUAUUCGCAAUGGGAGAUACGUCCCUGCACUCCCUUUGAGUUGCAGCCAGAGGAAGGCGAUCCUCAAGACGAGGAGUCACCCGGCUAUUCGCAAUGGGAGAUACGUCCCUGCACUCCCUUUGAGUUGCAGCCAGAGGAAGGCGAUCCUCAAGACGAGGAGUCACCCGGCUAUCCGGAGUGUAAGACACGUCCCUGCACUCCCUUUGAGUUGCAGCCAGAGGAAGGCGAUCCUCAAGACGAGGAAUCACCCGGCUAUUCGCAAUGGGAGAUACGUCCCUGCACUCCCUUUGAGUUGCAGCCAGAGGAAGGCGAUCCUCAAGACGAGGAGUCACCCGGCUAUUCGCAAUGGGAGAUACGUCCCGGUACUCCCUUUGAGUUGCAGCCAGAGGAAGGCGAUCCUCAAGACGAGGAAUCACCCGGCUAUUCGCAAUGGGAGAUACGUCCCUGCACUCCCUUUGAGUUGCAGCCAGAGGAAGGCGAUCCUCAAGACGAGGAGUCACCCGGCUAUUCGCAAUGGGAGACACGUCCCGGUACUCCCUUUGAGUUGCAGCCAGUUGAAGGCCAAGGCGAGGAGACGCUGCCUAUGGCAGUUGCCUAUGCAUUGGGCCUUAAGAAAAGCGGAUCGAUGCCUACGCUUAAGAUCGAUGACGAUCAUGAUCCUCAAGUCGAGGCACCUCCCUGCACUCCCGCUAAGUUGCAACCAGAGGAAGGCCAAGGCGAAGGCGGUUGGCUGUCUCCGCCUGUCGUCGUCGACGAUGGCAGGCUCGAUUUGCUGUCGUCGAGCAUCCCAGAGCAUAAUGCCAUUAUCGAGAAGAUGCUCGAUAAAAACCCCGUUGGUCGCUUUUAUUGGGAUUAACGAAAUUUGAUAGUAUAAAGGUUACAUCGUCAAAGUAACUUUGACUAGUUUAAUGGAUUUUGAUUUUUGUUUUCUCGCUGCCAUUGGCAACAUCCACAUAUUUUUGAUUUCAAUAUUUUUUGGUUUUUGUCAUUUUUAACGCACGUGACACAUCAAUAUCUCAUCUUAUUUUGAUCAACUAUUUUCCCAAUGACAAUUCGCUGAAUCAUUUGUCGUCUGUUCGCCUGGAAAGAAUUAAUUUGAUUUUAAUUUGUUCGAUGACUUCCCAGUUGUUGGAUCUUCAAACUAUCGUUAGAUAAGGGAUCGAUGAAAAUUCCCAAUACAUUUUAAUAUAAACAACAUUUGCAGCAUAUCUAUAUAUUUUGAUAGUAUUAUGGUUACAUCGCCAAAGUAAUUUUGACUAGUUUAAGGGAUUUUGAUUGUUUUCUCGCUGCCAUUGCAACAAUAUAUAUAUAUAUAUUUUUUUUUUUUCGUUUUUGUCAUUAUUAAAGCAUUUGGUAAACACAUCACCAUCUCAUCAUAUUUUGAUUAAAUAUUUUCCCAAUGACAAUUCGCUGAAUCAUUUGUCGUAUGUUCGCCUGGAAAGAACAUUCAGUUUAAUUUGUUCGAUGACUUCCCAGUUGUUGGAUCUUCAAACUAUCAUUAGAUAAGGGAUAGACGAAAAUUCCCCAUACAUUUUAAGGCAAUUAAAAUUUGCAGCAUUUCUAUAUAUUUUCUAUUAAAAAUCAUUGUAUUAAUGAAGUCAUAUACAAACAUUACCUCUUAUGUAACUCUUUAAAAAAGCAUUGUAUGAAUGAAAUGAAAAAUUCAGAAAAAACCUCAUCAUAAAACAUUGUAUGUUAAUAAAAUGAAAAUUUAAAG